UGUCAAAGUGGACUUUGAUAACAUAACCUCUAAAUCUUAUUCUAUAUUGAAAUUAUUUAAUUUGAAUUUUCAAAAUGCAAUUAACAUUAAGGCUAUUGGCUAACAGACAUCCUUCCUUCAUUGCCAGGACGGUAUUUGUGAAGAACAACAACGUAGACGAUGCUUGCAGGCUGGUCAACAGAAUCUUGGGCAAAGAAGGCAUCUUGGAGCAGUUCAGGCUAACCAGAUACUACGAGAAACCUUUCCAGACAAGACGACGGAUCAACCAUGAAAAGUGCAAAGCAAUCUACAAUGAAGAUAUGGAGAGGAAAAUUCAAUUUGUGCUCCGCAAGAACAGACAUGAACCCUUCCCUGGAUGCCACUGAUGAACUAUGAAUUUUAUGUUUUCUAUUAGCAAUGAAUGCAGUCCAUGCAGUCCCGUGUCCAUGAAAAGGGUAACCUCUGAAUAAUAUCGGCCACCACAAUAGAUGGGUGGUGGAUCUAAGAGUACAGAUGUAGUGCAUAAUUGUUUUCCAUUGUAUUUUCUCGGAAACUGUCGUAUUUGUCAUGUUACUUCAGUCAACCUCAGUACCUGCUUUUUGUAUCAAGACAGACUGAAAUAUGUUUGUAUGUGAAAAAACGAUGGAAAAUAAUAAUGCGCUACAUUGUAGUUUACAUUAGACUUUAUUCACUAUGGAGUUAAAGGAGAAUAAAAAACGUGUUCCGCCCCGUUUUUUAAAGUAACUAUAUAAUGUAAGGAAAAGACAGUAUUACACUUUGCCUAUGCUCAACUUACAUUGAUUUUGGUUUCGGAUUCUUAGAGUUCCAAUAUGAAGGGAAUGUAGAUGAGGUGUCAUAUUAUGCUGAUAUAUUUAUAAUGGAAUCUAAGAAUCGUCCAAAAUUGUUGUUAAUGUUAAGCUCUAUGAUGCUGGCAAUUGAUAUAUUUGAAAUAGUGUAAAUCUUUAAACUUCUUUUAUAUCCUUAUGCUUGCAUUUGUUACUGAUAGAAAACCUAAUAAUAUUUAGCAAUUAGAAUUUGAAUAAUGUAAAUAAAACACUCAUAAAAA